UCAAUCACAGGUGAUGAGUAAGGCCAAGUUCAUCGAGGACAUCGACAAGAUCGAGGUGUUGUCGACGAAGACGCUAUCGACGAAUUACAGCUAUCCCAUUCCGCGGAACGGUUCGGCGAUUGUCGGGAAGGAGCUGGAGGAUGAGAAGCCAAUCUACGAAAUCAGUGGUCCGCUGCCUCUGGGCAGUACGGAGCUGAUGGGUACAACGAAAGUGUUCCGGGUUGAACUGAAUCAAUCCUCCAACGGGAUGCAGAUAGCGAUGGGUUUGCGUGAUCGCGUCAAGAAGUCGAAGGAUCUGAAGAACGCCUGGAAAAAGUUCAUCGGCAUAGCAACGGCCAAGUUUAACGGCAAACCGAAUGGAGAUGCAGAGCUGGAGAAGACUUCGGACUCGUCGGACAUUCUGGAGAAGGACGAGGGCAUCUCUUCGCUGAUCGACGAUUCCUCCGGUAGUGGCGCCUACGGUGGGCAUUAUCAGCAGCAGCAGCAACAGCAGCAGGCUUUGCUGCGCCACCAUCAUCAUCACCAUCGUAAACGAUCGGGACCGGGAUCGGCGACAGUGGCGGUCGAGGAUGGCGAAAAACCCUCGACUUCGCGCACUAUCACGAUCGUGCGUAGUAACUCGCGAUCGAGUGCUAAGGAGCAGGACAGUGGCUACAUGAGUGCGGACUCUAGUGAAUCCAAGCUGAAGGGUAAGAAGAUCUACGAGCGUUACAACUUUGCCUCCCAAUCACCGGAUGGUGCCAAUGGAACGGAUGGUCCGAUCAUUGAGGAGAACAAGUACGAGAUCUGCGCCAUUCAGGAGUCGAGCACGGGUGGCAAUGGAUCCGAUGCUCCGCUAGCAACCGCAACCGAUACGAACCGUAGUGCCGCUUCAUCGACCAGCAGUGGGUCGGGUUCUCGCACGGAAAAAUCGAUUGCAAGACCACGAUCUCCCCCACCACCGUUGCCACCCCCCAACCCACCUCCCCCACCACCACCGACGGCCACAAUUCCCACCAAGAAGCAUUUCGCGAAUACCAUAAAGCCACAAUCGAAACCACCGCCACCACCAGCUCCACCGAGCUCGUUGACACCAACGGCGACCCCAUCGACCAGUGCAACACCUGGACCUUCGAUGCAGCAACGCCAUCUCAACGGUCUCUUCUUUAACACGACGACCACAACGGACGCCAUUAGCGUGCGCGUGUACUCUUCGGAUGAUGAGAAGUUUGAGGGAAGUGACGAUGCGUCCUGCAUAUCGGACGAAGACGAUCUGGACUCCCAUCUGGACGAUAUCUCUGAAUCGGGGGCAGAAAGUGUCGAGACCCACUCGGUGUUCUUCAAAAAUAUUCGCAAACCAUCGCAACCAUCCUCUGCGAACCUGUCGUCGGUCGGAUCCGUGUCCGCGGAUCAUGCGCUGGCAGCGGCUGUGCAUUGAAACUGAGUAAGCUUCGGUUGACCCCGGUCUCCCGUCUCCCGUCUAUCCAACUGUCUAGAAUUAAUUGUAAAUGUUCUUCGUUCCCACCAUCGGGGACGCACACCUCGUUCGAGAUUGAGUUAAUGUACCUCCAGAAGUAUUGAGAUGUCCUCGUACGAUCUACUCGCCCCCGCCAGGAGUACCACAUGCUUUCCGGGAAAAGCGAGUAGACAUGGACAACACUUUAGCAUUAGACGUAGCGUAGUCUGCCCGUGGGCAAUCGUUCGUGCAAUUAGGAUAACGUAUGUGCAAUCGUCGGUCAAAUGAACGGGCUUCUUGCAAUUCUUAUUUAUUAUCUCAACUAGCUCUGUAAGUGUCGUGUGUU